CAAAUUCAAACUCCAGUCAAUCUAUAAGAGACCACGGCGCAUUGAGUAUUCGAUACAAAUCCGACUCAAUGGUUGUCCAACUUCAUUCAAUUUGGAGGGCGAAGACUUGAUCUUCGGGUCGACCUACAUUAUCACAUAUCGUAUCCACCAUGCUCACCAUGCAUUCUAACAUGUCGGAACAGUCCAUCUUGCAGUCCAAAAAGUCAUCUUUCAGUCUACGCAGGAUUUUCAAGUCAGAUAAACACUCUGCGAAAGAUCCCGGAGGCCAAUCUCAAAGCGGCAAACUGCGCAAGAAGAACCUGCCGGCGCCAGUGUCGAGUCAAGCAAAUGAUCUCGGAGAACGACACGAAUAUGCGAUAUUCAACGAUAACCCAUCAAAUGAGUAUUCUCGCCCUCAAAUUAAAGACUCUGGUGAUGUAAUGCAUGGGCUCGCACAUCGCGACUUUCUUCAUGACGAUGAUGAUGAACCCCCUCCCAAGGACCACUUCUCGCCAAACGCUCGACGGCGGAAGCGUCAAGGUAUGCUCGUAUCCCCAGAGCACGAAAAACGCAUUGCGUCUCUCCCACCAGAGGUUUGGAAGCGUAUUGCACUUUUCCUCAACCCCAUCGACGCUGUCAAUCUCGCCAUAUCCAACAAAACCCUCUACACAAAACUUGGCCUGAUGCCUUUCGAAAUGUUCAACUCCAUAGAACACCGUCACUUCAAACAUGCCUUCCUACACGCCCUCGAUGAGCAAUACCCGGGCCAUCUGCUUUGCUUCCCCUGCAGCAAGUACCACAAACGCCUGCACCCAGGCAAGGAAACGCUCAAAAUCGAAUACGUCAACAACCCUAUCUUCGCCUGCCCGAACAUAAACUCCUCUGUCCUGCCUCGCAUGCGGCUCACGCACGCCCGCGAGCUGCCCUACGCAUACAUCCAACUUGUCCUUCGCGCCGCAAAACACACACCAUCCUACGGCAUCUCCAUCGACGCACUCUCAAAGCGCUGGCGUCAUGCCGGCUGGACGCACCGCACGCGCUUCCUAAUCCACGACGGCCGCCUCCUGAUGCGCGUCAUCAGCCGCGCAUUCACACUCCCGGCGCGCGACAUGACCGAGACCAGCAUGCGGCACAUCCUGUACGACCGCGAGGAGUACAUGCCCUUCUUCAGCGUGUGCGCCCACUGGCGCGACGGCCUGCUCAUGCCCACGUGUAAAUGUAUGAUGUCGCAUGUCCCCGCUCCGCCUGAGAGCAUCUACCAGCAGCUACAGAAGGCGCCCACGUUCUCGCGCGAGCGCGCUAAUCCGGGCUUGAUCGUGCGUGGCUGUGAUACCUGUCGCCCUGCACGGAGAUGUCCUGAGUGUCCCACCGAGUACCUGGUCGAGAUCAAUAUGGUCGAGGAUCCGAGUGAUCCCGUGCAGAAAUUCAAGCAUGCGAUUGUCGUCACGCGCUGGAGUGAUCUAGGCGAUGGGCGUAGUCCGUAUACGAGUCCGGAGUGGGUUGCCAUAAAUGGGCUAGAGAGCCAGGAGCGCUUUGAUAGUUUCUCGCAUUAUGGCCGCAGGGCUGUCGGUGGCGUUUUUGAGAGUAAGGUUAGCGGCCAGGUGCCGGCGAUGAGGUUAUUGAGUCUGAAUCCAAAGAAUGUGAAGAAGGGCGAAGAAGGGGACGGCUGGUAUUAGGGGAGAUAUUAGGCUCAAGAAUAGUAUAUCAUGUUGCAACGGAACAUGUUGCGCGUGUAUGCGGACGCUCGUGGGAUAGAGAUUUCACUUAUUGUAUUCACGUCUAAGAUCGCGGCCAGCGCCCUCAGUGAUUUAAUACUCACAGUCGACUAACGCUAUUAACGAUCAUACGUAUGUUCGCCCUGAAGAUUGGAGUUUCUAUGCACAAACUCCUCAAGAUCAAAAGCAAUCGUAGCCGAUUGUAUC